AUGGCUAUUACAUCCAACAACACUCCUUCAACUCAAGGCCAUGCACCAUCUCCACCCAACCUCCAUGGUGUCGACAAGUCUGCGCAAAACUCUUCUGGCGCAACCAAAACAGAUAACCCAAACGAAUCAUCUAUCUUUCACCUGGAGGCCGCCUGGGGAACUGAGAAGAUGGAUGUAUCCUUGAAAGUGGGCCCUGCUGGCCUCGCUUUGAUAUUUGCCUGCGCCUUCCUCGCUCUGGUGGCUUUGGUAUCACGGGUUACUGUCGCCAUUUCCGUGACUCCGUUACACUUCUGGAUUGCGAUGGCCAUUUUGGUGCUGCUCUUGGUGGUUUUAGGUGAUUCAAGGGGGUCAGACAACGUAAGGAGUGGUCCUUAA